CCUCACUCCGAGCAGAGCCAGCAUGAAUGUGGUGUCUGAGCCUUUGGUUGGGAGCAGCAGGUCUCUGUCUGCAACCAGGAGACACAAAAGUAUCAGGAAGAACUCCCGGAGGAUUUAUUCAGCUUUUCAGGACCACCAGCAGGGCUCUUCAGAUGAUGAAGACAAAGACGAUGAGCGGGUUGACAGCAACGACCCGGAGGAGAUGUUCCAGAACAUUCAGUACCAGAAAGAGAUCAUCGCCAACAUUCGGACCAGACCCUGGCCAAUGAGACGCAAGCUUAAAGUCCUAAAGCAGGCCAGAGAGAUAGUCCUGAAGUAUGAGGGACGACUGACUAGAACCAGAGGGUACCAGACUGCAGGAGCUGAUCUGUUGAAGAAAAUUUCCCGAGGGCUUUACAACAUUGUGGUCCUUUUUAUUCCCUGGGAAGUGCGCAUUAAGAAGAUUGAAAGUCACUUUGGGUCUGGUGUGGCAUCAUACUUUAUCUUCCUCCGCUGGUUGUUUGGGAUCAACAUCGUCCUGACCAUCAUGACUGGAGCCUUCAUCGUCCUUCCAGAGCUGCUGGCUGGAGCUCCGUUUGGAACGACAAGAAGUAAAACCAUCCCCAAGGAGCACCUGGCUUCAGCCCAGGACCUGGACACCAUCUGGUCUCUUGGGGGCUACCUGCAGUACUCUGUGUUGUUCUAUGGUUACUAUGGCAGAGUGAGGAAAAUUGGCAGCGCAGGGUACCGGUUGCCCCUCGCCUACUUCCUGGUCGGGAUGGCUGUCUUUGCUUACAGUUUCAUCAUCCUGUUAAGAAAAAUGGCCAAGAACUCCCGUCUGAGCCUGGCCAGUGCAUCAGAUGAGAACUUCACAUUCUGCUGGAGGGUUUUCUGUGCCUGGGAUUACCUGAUAGGAAACCCAGAGGCAGCAGAGAGCAAAGGAGCCGCCAUUGUCAACAACAUCCGGGAAGCCAUCGUGGAGGAGCAGGAGAAAAAGAAGGAUACCAGUCUAGCAGUUCUGAUAAGUCUGCGUAUCUUAGCCAACAUCCUGGUGCUGCUGUCGCUGGCCGGCAGCAUCUACAUUAUCUACUUUGUGGUGGACCGUUCCCAGAAACUGGAGCAGGAGAAGCCGGAGCUGACACUGUGGGAGAAGAAUGAGGUGAGUGUGGUGGUUUCUCUCAUCACCAUGAUCGCUCCUUCUGCCUUUGAACUGGUCGCUCAGCUCGAGAUGUACCACCCACGGACCUCUCUGCGAUUCCAGCUGGCCAGAGUGCUCGUUUUAUACCUGGGGAAUCUCUACAGCCUCAUUAUUGCUCUCCUGGAUAAGGUCAACAGUAUGAGCUCUGCUGUUCAAGUGGUUUCAGGAAACUGGUCUGACUCCAGCUCUUUCCUGGCCACCAUUUCCCAGCCUGACGGAGACAGCCUCUCCACCCUGGUCUCAGAGCUCUCUAUCUCUGACCAUCACAACAGCACCAUAACAACCAUUGCCACUGUCUUGGACAUCACUAACAGUGCCAGGAGCAACUUAGUGGCUGUCUCCAAUCAAACAGCUGUCUUUGGGAAGAACACCCGCUCUCAGCAGGACCAGUGUUGGGAGACUUAUGUUGGCCAGGAGAUGCUGAAGCUGUCCAUCAUCGACAUGAUCUUCACAGUGGCCAGCAUCCUGCUCAUUGACUUCAUCAGAGGUUUGGUUGUCCGCUACCUGAGUGACUGCUGCUGCUGGGAUUUAGAGAGCAAAUUUCCUGAAUAUGGAGAAUUCAAAAUAGCUGAGAACGUUUUACAUCUGAUUUAUAACCAAGGAAUGAUCUGGAUGGGAGCUUUUUUCUCUCCCUGUCUUCCUGCUUUCAAUGUCUUGAAGCUGAUUGGUCUGAUGUAUCUCAGGAGCUGGGCUGUUCUCACAUGCAAUGUUCCCCAUCAGCAGGUGUUCAGGGCCUCCAGAUCAAACAACUUCUACCUGGCUAUGCUGCUUUUUAUGCUGUUUCUGUGUAUGCUGCCCACCAUCUUUUCCAUAGUGAGAUACAGACCAUCACAACACUGUGGACCAUUCAGUGGGCAAGAGAAGAUUUAUGACAUCAUCUCAGAAACAGUGGCCAAUGACUUCCCCCUGUGGUUCAGCAAAGUGACGAGUUAUAUCACCAGCCCUGUGGUGGUGCUGCCAGCACUGCUGCUUCUGUUCAUGCUGAUAUACUAUCUCCAGGCCAUCGCCAGAUCCCUCAAAUUCACCAACAACCAGCUGAGGAUGCAGCUGCAGACUGAGCGGACUGAGGACAAGAAGAAAGUCUUCCAGAUGGCUGCAGCGAGACUACAGGGUCCAGAGGCCGCAGCAGAUAAAAAGCCAGAUCAGCAGGAGAGUGACAUCACGAGUCAGGAAGCCUCGAUCCAAACUCCGUCUCCCAGACGCAACGGCAGUGUCACCAACUUUCAGUCUCCUGUUCGAUGUGGAAACAGCCUCCGCACCAUCACCCAGUCAGCAUCUAGAGCAGACCUGAACAGAGGAAUUGUGGCUGGAUCCGUCAGAAAUCCAUCAGUGACUGCACUGCCCAAGCACAGGCUGGAGCACAUACCCAACAGGCCGCCACCGUUUCUUGGAGCUCCUGGUGGUACCAGCAAGUCCAAGUCCUACCAUCACAUGGCAUUCAAUCCUCCAGCUGGCUAUUCUGACAACAUCAACUGACCUCUGUACAGGAAGACCAAAUGCUCCAUCAACCCCAUGGAGGCUGCAGGAAUCAUUGCGGCACACAGUUAUGGAGGACGGCGUGGCCACACCACCAGAUAUGUGAUUGUUAACGAGCGAGAGCCCAGGAAGAAGCUGCUGCGCUCAGCCACGAGGAUCCCACGCCAUUACCUCAUGGAGGAGUCGGCAGAGAUUUUGGAACUGUACCCACGCAACAUGAAACGCUAUGCAGCCCGCACAGCUCACCAUCAACCUCGGCCUCACCAGUCCCACCCAUCGGAGCAGCAUCUGAGCGAAGAGGAAGAAGAGGAAGAGGGACAAAGCAGGAGGCGGGUGUCGUUGGGAAAGGCUCAUCGGCCCCGUUCCCUCUCUGACCUCCGCCAUCAAGCGAACUUCUUCAUCGGUGACCGCGCUGAGGGCCACUUGUCGGGGGUUAAAGGCGCCCAUCCUGCUCGAGGAGGAUAUGUGGCGCAGAAAGAGGAUGAUCUGGAUGAUUGUGAAGGGGACUCAGGAGGUUUAGAGUCACCUUCCUGCUCCCAGACCAGUGUGAAGGGAGCAGACUCUGUGCUUGUCCAAACCAGGUGUCACAUCCAUUCCCCGGGAAAACCCAAUCAGUCCACUGGGAGAACAAGGCUAAUGGAGUCCUACGUGAGGCCCAAGACAAGACAAAAGCUGGACACUCCUCUGACUGAGUCAGACUCAGGCUCCCUGGCCUCCAGUAGUGACCAACAGAACAGCAGCACCGACCAGUACAUCCAGGUCAUUCAUAACAAAGAGCGCUAUCUCAAAUCUGAUGCCAAACAAUCAAAGAUAGCCAAAAAAAAGUCCAAAACAAGCAUUGAUCUGAAUGUAGAUGAGUCCAAUGACCUGAUUUGCUCGAAUGUUUGA